GCAAUCAUCAAGCUGUAGAGCAGACACUCCUGAACCAUCAGACAUCAGUGGACACCACUGCAGUACCAGUGUUGUAAAAAAAAAUAAUAAAAAAUCAGCCAAGAUGUGUUGCUCCGGCUUUCUCAAAGUGAUGAUGUUCAUCUUCAACGGCGGCAUCUUUCUGGCAGGUGCUGGUUGUUUGGCGAUGGGGAUUUGGUUGAAGGUGGACAGCGGUUCUCUGCUGGGGUUACUGGAAGGCAUUGAAGACGGGGACGGGCUGGACCAGCUGGUCCAUGUGGCCUACGUGCUCAUCGGCGUGGGAGCUGGUCUGGUGGUCAUCGGCUUCCUGGGCUGCUGUGGAGCCGUGAAGGAGAGCCGCUGCAUGCUGCUGACGUUCUUCAUUAUUGUGCUGGUCAUCUUCAUCGUGGAGGUUGCAGGUGCCGUUGUGCUGUUUGCUUUUGACGGAUUGGCUGAUAAGAUCCUGAACAAUGUGGAGAACGAGGUGCGGUCAAAACUUCAGACAGAAUUUGGCAGAGAUGAAAGUCUGACUUCAGUCUGGACCUCCACCAUGGACCGGUUCAAGUGCUGCGGCUACAGGAACUACACGGAUUUUACUGACUCCCCUUUUAAUAUUGGCACUGGAGGGUAUCCAGGGGCAUGCUGUUCCGAGAAUGUUGAAGCCAUCUGUAGAACAAGCCAAGUGGAAUCGUCGGACAUUCCUGGCUGCUUCGAGAAGCUGAAAGAGUUCCUGGAGGAAAACGCUCUGAUCGUUGCAGGAGUGGCUCUGGGAAUCGCCGCACUCGAGAUUGCUGCCAUGGUGGUCUCCAUGAUUCUGUAUAAGAAAGCCGGAAAAAGGGAUUAAAUCCAUGAUGUGGAACGACAACUUUAAAGCACUUAAUUGCUGAAAAAUAGGAACUUUCUGCACAUUUACAGUUUUGUAUAAUUUCCACAGGUAGAUAAACUCGUCUGAUGCUCCACAUGCAUCCAGACCUAAACUGUGAGAAAAAUGAAUGAUUUUGUUCACUAUUGAACUGUGUUUGUCCACAUUUAUUUAUACUCGUUGAAGUAUUUGUUCACCUGAUCUCAUGUGUGCUGAUGCAUUUGAUAGAAAUAUGUCAUGAAGCACAAAUGGUGACUUUUGUGUGAGUUGUUUAGCAUAAAUCUGUUGUUAUUAUUAUUGUACAUUUAUUUUUGUAUUUGUUGAUCAUGUUGGGACAAUAAAUAACAGAACCUUGGGUUAUUCUGUAAAAUACGA